UUUUGCGCCGCGCGAAGUGUCAGGUUUUGCAGACUAGCUCGAGCGCUGCAUGUCUAAUCGCAGAGUGGGGCGCGUGGAGACGAUGCUGGACAGUGCGAGUAGAGAAGAUACCUCGCCAACGCGUGGAUCCAGUGGGUAGCAAAGUCUCCGUCAUAGCGAAACCAGGGCGUGUGAGGUCAAAUGGACACAAAGUCCACCAAGACACGCGGUUCGUCAUCCUCCCAGAUCCUGACCUCACGUUGCGCGUGUUCGCGGCGGAGCGAUUAGUCAUACAGCUGGUUUGGAAGUGGCUUAAUCUCGUGCGACAUGGCUAUCGGAAGAGUGAAAGAGAGCUGCGGCGGGUGUGAGCUGUUUAACUGCAUGAAAUGUUCGAGCACACGUCUUCGUAACUACGCGCGUUUUUGUUUAUGCUGCCGGCGACUUUUCGCCUGCUUUUUCUGAACAUAGCGCUCAAUCACAGCAGCGCCACAAACCUGCCAGGAGCGCGCGGGAUACGAGCGACAAUGCCGCUGCAGCCCGGACAAACCUUACUGUUGUUGCUCGCGCAGACCUGCCUGUCUGCAGGGUCGCGCCCCCGUCUGGAGGACAGCCCGCCGUGGAUCGUGGAGCACCCAUCCGACUUGAUCGUGUCUAAGGGCGAGCCGGCCACACUGAACUGCAGGGCAGAAGGGCGACCCGUGCCCGCUGUGGAGUGGUACAAGGACGGCGAGCACGUGGAGACUGACCGCGACGAUCCGCGCUCGCACCGGAUGCUGCUGCCCAGCGGCGCACUCUUCUUCCUGCGCAUCGUCCACGGCCGCCGCACCAAGCCGGACGAGGGCGUCUACACGUGUGUGGCCAGGAACUACCUGGGAGAGGCGGUUAGCCGCAACGCCUCGCUGCAAGUCGCCACGCUCAGGGACGAUUUCAGGCAGGCCCCGGGGGAUGUAGUGGUGGCAGUGGGUGAACCGGCUGUGAUGGAGUGCGUCCCCCCGCGCGGCCACCCGGAGCCCAGCGUCUCCUGGAAGAGGAACAACGUCCGCAUCAGUGACAAGGACGGGAGGAUCUCGAUGCAGGCUGGCAAGCUCCUGAUCUCUCACACGCGGAAGAGUGACGCGGGCAUGUAUGUGUGUGUGGGCUCCAACAUGGUGGGCGAGAGGGACAGCGAUCCCGCGGAGUUGGUCGUGUUCGAGAGGCCGGUGUUCAUCCGCAGGCCUGUGAAUCAGAUUGCACUGGCUGAGGAGACAGUGGACUUCCUGUGCGAGGUUCAUGGUGAUCCAGCUCCCACGGUGCGCUGGCGUCGAGAGGAAGACGAGCUGCCUCGUGGCAGGUUCGAGAUCCGCAGUGACAGCACCCUCCGCGUGCUGAAGGUGCGUCAGGAGGACGAGGGCACUUACACGUGUGCGACAGAGAACAGCGUGGGCAGGACAGAGGCGUCAGCUACGCUGCAGGUGCACGUGCCCCCAAAGAUCGUCCAUCCGCCUCAGGACCAGAUCUCUGCCCAGGGGCACGCUGUCACCUUCCACUGUGGCACCAAGGGCAACCCGCCUCCAGCGGUCUUCUGGCAGAAAGAAGGCACCCAGAUGCUGCUAUUCCCAGGACAGCCGCCGUCUCAAGCUGGACGUUACUCUGUGUCCAUGAGUGGAGAGCUGACCAUCACGGAUGUCCACAGGGAGGACGCUGGCUACUACUUGUGCCAGGCCAUCAGCGUAGCAGGCAGUACCAUCUCCAAAGCCCUGCUCCAGGUGGACACUGGCCCCUGGGACCUGGUCCCUCCGAUCAUCCGGCAGGGCCCGGCCAACCAGACGCUGGUCCCUGGCUCCAGCGCCCGGCUGCAGUGCCAGGCGGUGGGCACCCCUCCACCCGGCAUCAGGUGGGAGAAGGACGGACGCGACCUUCCGAGCGAUGGCGCCCGUGUCAAACUAAUGGAAAAUGGCACUUUACACAUCGGCACUUUGCAGGAGACUGACUCGGGGACAUACACCUGCGUGGCCUCCAGUUCGGCAGGCGAGACCAGCUGGAGCGGCGCAGUGACCGUGAGAGCCAUGGGGAUGCCUGCCUUCCCGCCGCUCUCUCAGGCCCUGCAGCUUCCCGGUCCUCCCCAGAAGCCCGUGGCGACAGAUGUGAGCCAGAACAGCGUCACUCUGACCUGGCAGCCCAACCAGCACGAGGGGGGGGCCGCCGUCACGUCCUACAUCAUCGAGGCUUUCAGUCAGUCGGUGGGCAGCACGUGGCAGACAGUAGCUGACCAGGUGAAACAGGAGAAGCACACCACGCUGGGCCUCUACCCCAAUACCGUCUAUCUCUUCAUUGUUCGUGCGGUCAACUCCUACGGCCUGAGUGACCCCAGCCCAAUCUCGGAGCCUGUCCGAACUCAGGCUGGUGGUCCUGGAGGUGCAGCUGUCGAUCACAGGCGUGUGCAGGAAGAUUUAGCCGAGGUCACGGUGCACCUGCACCCUCCGGAAUUCCUCUCUCACUCCAGCGUUCGGAUGUCAUGGACCGUCAAGCAUGAGCCAGACUAUAUAGAAGGCUACCGGCUGCUGUACAGGCCAGUGGGCGGGGCCUGGCUGGCUCAGGACGUAAAGGCGGGGCCAGAUAGCACAGCAAUCUUAUCGGAGUUGCGCAGCGGCAUGGAGUACGAGCUUAAAAUAAGACCGUACUUCCGAGAGUUCCAGGGCUCAGACAGUGAGCUGACAGUGGUUUCCAUCCCGAAAGAGGUGCUGUGCGGCCCCCCCCAGGCUGUGAGCGCAGUCCAGCUGGGAAACAGCUCCACCGUGCGUGUGUCCUGGGAGCCUCCCGUUGCCGUCACCCUGGCAGAGCCCGUGCUGGAGUACAGGGUGUGGUGCGUGUGGGGCAACACCUCCGGUGCGGAGCAGCAAGUGAACCAGAGCGCUGCCGGCCACCAGCACUGGACGCUGCUGGACGGCCUGGAGCCCGAGCUGCAGUACCGCGUGCAGGUGUUAGCCAUGACCCGCGAUGGCGCUGGAGCACCCAGCCACCCGAUCUUCAUCCGCCUCGGAGCCACUGUGAAGAACCCCCCAUUACCUGGGCUGAAGGACGAGAGCGUGGGCCUCUCUGAACAGAUCUCGGGGGUGGUGCGGCAGCCGGCCUUCAUCGCCGGCCUGGGUGCGGCUUCGUGGCUGGUGCUGAUGUGUUUCAGUGCCUGGAUCUACUGCAGACACCGGCGGAGUAAAGAGCUUGGUCACUACGUCGCCUCCUUCGCCUACACGCCUGCAGUUGGGCUCUCCCAUAGCGAUGGAUCAGGACUGGUCAGUGGAAGGCCGUGCAUGGUUGGAUCAAACAUGGGUACCCACCCCUGGCUGGCAGACGCCUGGCCUUCGGCCAGCUUCACUGCUGCUGGCAAAGACACCGUGAACUGCUGUUCAGGCAGACAUGACUCCUCAGAGAGAUACUACAACACCACAGGGAUUCCCAGCGUUUUGAACCAGAGCGAUACGUGCAGCCAAGCAUCCAACGAGGGCCCCAUCUACAGCACAAUCGCGCCCAUCGACGAGGACCUGAGCAGUCCAUGCUCACGGGACCCGGAACCAGGGCUCUCCGAGCUGGAAUUGCGCGACCCAGACCGCAGCGCGGCCCAAUACGCCAGGCUUCAGUACCCGAGGAUGGACCACGCUAGCGCAGGAGUGCAGGGCUCGCCAGGGUCACAGGGGUCGGUGGGUACCUGCCCCUGGUCUGAGGUGCUGACCCUGCCUCGGCUGAGCUCCAGAGAGCAGUGGCUUCACGAGAGACAACAACACAGCUCUGAGGACGAUGGGGACUGGUGUCCUCCGCUGCCUGAGAGGAUGUAUUUGAUGGAGGGUGUGGAAAGUUCUGCCACUCUGCCCCUGAGGGGGGAGCAGGUCUGUCGAGUCAGCACCUACGGCCGACAGUCUACACACGGCAUCGCCCCUGCAGUGCAUGACGAGCUGCAGUCUAACCCACAGCUGCUGCAACCUGACCUGCUACCGAGCCCAAAUCUGCUAACCAAGCUGGAGUGUCAUAAUGGAAGCCCGGCGCGUGCGGCAGGCCACUGGAGAGACUUUAAAAAGGACGUGCUGUUCACAGACAACAGUGAGCACUUCACAGGACCGUUUGAUCAUUCUACUCCAUCACAUCCCAGACCUAAAAAGAGAUCCCUCAGAGAGCGACCACGAAGGAGAGAAAUCGUACAGUCAGGAGACCUGCCGCCUCCACCCGAGCCUCCUCCUGUAGAGGAAUCCCUGAAGCAACUGAUGAAGAGACUGGAGAGCAGCAACUACACGCCCCCAGACCGCAGACACACCAGUGCAGUCGGCCAAGCUGGCAGCCGGGGGGGUGCAGUAGAUGUGCAGCCGAUCCAGCACGGAUGGGUGACUGCGGUGUUUAGGAGCUCACGGCCCAGCCGCUGUUUCCCCGCAGGAGGUCCAUCUCCCCUCUCCUACACAGCCAGGAGAGCCAAGGAGGUGUGGAGAACCCGCCACAGCAGCUGUGUGGGGGUGAAUGUGUGUUCAAGGAAUACGCUGGGGCUGAACGUGAUGUGAGUGUACCACCCUGCUGUGUCCUCUCCAACCUACCACGCGCAAGAAGAACAAGAACCCUACAAGUGGAUGUCAUGCACAGCCACCUCCCCGUUUAUUUCAAUUAAUUCAUUUAUUUAUUUAUUCGUUUAUUUAUUUAUUGUGUUGUGUAAGCUUUUGUUCUGCGUCCCUUUACUUUCCUGCCUUUAUGUGUAUAUUGAUAAUUUAACUAUGUUAUGUGUGAGAAUAACAAAGAGGCAGCUUGUCUCUCCAGUCCAGUGCACUACUGAAUGUGCUUACCAUUUACAUGUGUAACGUGAUGUUUACAUGCAACACCAAGGAUUUAUGUUGUGCUAAACAGUAGUGCAGCCAACAGAAGACCCAGAUGGUCCUGACAGCAACAACAACAGAUCAACAACAACAGAAGACCCUGACGGUCCUGACUGCAAGGGCUCCUUUGGAUGCCUAAAGAAAGAUUUUGAUCAAAUGAAAACCAGUAAGGUUGCUGACAGUGAAUGAAGUUUAGCCUAGCCUGUUAGCAUUGUCUGUUAACUGAACUAGCAUUAACCUGAUUGUGACCCACCAACAUGUUUGGAUUGUACAAGAAAACACAAUAAAACAGAUAUCUAAGUCA